UUGGCGUCUACAGCAACGAAACUGACGAUGAAAACAGACGACAAAGAACGCCAGGAUGCCACCACAAAAGUUUUGGUCAGGCCUCCGUCCGGUAAAACUGUACAGGAGAAAUGUCAGUGCAAGCAUCUACCUCCAUCUGUCCCAACAACUCAUAAGGGUGGACUUGGCACUGCCCAGUUUCUCUUUGAACCCACCCCACCUAACCACAAGAGAGCAUCCCAUGCUUCAAGCCCUCACAUCCGUAAAAUACAGAGUGCAAAGGCACGGCUUGUUCCGUCCUCGGCAAACAAUGUAAAAGACAGUACUAUUCUUCCCAGAGGAGGCGUGAGGGACCGCCAGAGGCCGAGGUCUGCGAGUGGUUUGAAUCCACACGACGUCAUCAACCGUCAUCGACCUGGCUCAGCAGUCGGAAAUCGACCUGUUCCAAAACAAUUUCUUGUCUUAGAAACUAAAGAAGCAAACCCAAGUAGGGGUAAGGAUCUUGAAGCAGGUAUCGAUGAUGGGCUUGAGUCUCACAAGGUUGCAUCCAAUGAGACUGAGGAUACUCAGAUAAGGAGAUGGAAGGAACGAAAGAAAGAAGUCCAGAAGAUGGAGCAGUUGAUCCCCGAAGGUUUAGCCCAACUGAGACCUUGGCUGACUAAGGAUGUUCCAAUGGAAUGGUGCGGUGUAGAUGCCUCUUCUUGCCUCGUCUUUCUUCCUUUACUCCUUCAAGACAGUGAAGAUUUACCCGUAGUUCCACCAGCCCAAGGAGCUAAUGAUGUCAUACCGCAUACAGUUAUUCCCCCACCACCAAAACCAUUUGAUCCAAAGAAACUAUUUCACUAUGAUGUGGAGAAGCACAUUCCACCUGACCCAACACCUGAGCAGAGAUCCCAUACAAGGCAGUCUAGGAAUGGUAUCUACGCCGCUGAUGGUAGCUUACUUCAUGAUCAAGAGAGGUAUUUGAUGAAUAGGACAGAGGAAAUGAUUCAACAAGAAAUUGAAGAUCUUGAGAAUCUGAUACAAGGCAUUGGCAAUGCAGACAGUAACAACGUCAUGUCACAAUACCAGGCUGAAAUCAGUAAGCUACAAUGGUCUGUCAAAGACACCCUAGUCAAGUGCUACCAACUCAGGAGUCACUUCAAAGAUGAACAGCAAGAUGAGCAAACUGACUUGCUUGGUCUCCGUGCUUACAUCAAAGAGAAGGAAAGAAUACUCAACCAAAUCAAAGCAAGGAGAGAAGCAUGCCUUCUGGAAUUAGAACAGCUCGAGUCAGAAAUUGGAAUGACAACACAGGGCGAGGUCAUGAAGGCUUUCCAGAGAUUAUAGGUAAACAAGCUUUCAUUGGGUAAGUUCUCUAGCCUAAAACUGGAGUUAAAAGAAGUGGAAGUGUCGUGGCCGAGCGGUUAAGAGCACCGAAUUCAAACUCUGGUGUAUCAGCA